AUGCUCAAGGAAAACUAUGUGACUUUUGCACCUGCAGAGAGAAGUGCUGUAGCCAAGAUUGAACAUGUCCCAUGGCCAGAUCACAAAAGUCGUAGAUAUCAUUACCUUCCUGCAGACAAAACUCCAACCAACAACAGGGUUGUCAACGAAGAUCCCAUAAGUAUCUCAAACUUCAGUAGGCAGUUUAUAGUAUCUGAAGAAUGUGUUACUGAUUAUCUUAAGUGCAAAAAAAAAUUGUCAAAGCAUCUGCGAAGGCAAAGAAGAAAUACGAGGAUUAUGAUUGGAAUGCCAUGUUCAAUGAUGGUUGUUUCACCAAACAAACAGUAGCUGUUUUGGAUAAAUACCAGAGACAUCACAAGCUGCACUCUGCUUCAAACAAGAAAGCAAUAGUAUCCGCAGUCCAGAGACACAUUACACACCAAUUCAAUGCUACCAGUCAACAGCUGAAAGAGAAAUCAGACUCUGAUUCUCGAGAUGAAAGUGAAAUUGUAGCCCAUUAA